AUGAACAUGCAGCUCAGACAUGCUCUAGUGGCCGAAGAUGCUGCGCUACAGGUUUUGAGCAGAAGUUGCUCACAAGGGGACUUUGUGACACACACAGCGUGGCUGAACAGAUCAAGUAUACUGUAUGCUGGAGAGGAUAAGUGGUCCGUGGACCCCCGGGUGAGUUUGGUUACUCUGAACCAGGAUGAGUUCACCAUCAAAAUUGAGGAUGUGGACUUGACGGACGAGGGCCAAUACAUCUGUGCAGUGCAGACUAGCAGUAGACCCCGAACCACAUCCGUGCACAUCAUCGUUCAAGUUCCUCCAAAGAUCAUGAACCUGUCAAAGGACCUUGUGGUGAAUGAAGGCUCCAACGUGACUUUAAUGUGCCUGGCUAAUGGAAAACCAGAACCUGCCAUCGGCUGGAGGAUGUUAUCACCUUCAGAUGACAGCCUAAGCUCAGACAGCGAGGUUCUGGAGAUUCCCUUCAUCAGCAGAUAUAGAGCAGGAGUGUACGAAUGCACCGCAGCCAACGAAAUUGCAGUGGACACACAGACUGUUGAGCUCACAGUCAACUACCCUCCCAGUGUUUCAGAUGGCAGAGAUGUUGGCGUGACCCUGGGUCAGAGAGGUGUCCUGCAGUGUGAGGCAGGUGCUGUACCAGAGGCAGAUUUUGAGUGGUACAGAGAUGACAGGAGGAUCUUCAGUGACUUUGAUGGCAUUGAGAUCGAGGAUGCCGGAGCAUUUUCAAAGCUGACUUUCUUCAACGUAUCCGAGGCAGACUAUGGCAAUUACACCUGCGUCGCUAUCAACAAAAUGGGGCGCGCUAACACAAGCAUCAUCCUAUACGAAAUAAUCGAACCCACUAGUUCGACGCUAUUGCAAGUGGAGACGGCUUCAGUUUUAGAAAUGACUUCAUCCGAUUUAGAGCAAACAGCCUUUGAAAACAAUGAUUUGUUGGAAGGACCCGGAGCAGUUCAGGAUGGCAACAGCGGCACGUCAACGGUCUUCACACCCACCUGUCUACUUCUCAUCAUACUUCUACAACUCUUGCUCAAGUUUUGAUGCCGAAGAUGUUUUUCAGUGGAUAAAAAUCACAGUUUGUGUGACAUCACUCAUCCUGGAGUCGCAAAUCGUGCAUGGGUUACCGAAAAUGCCCAAAAAUGUGCAUGGGGUACCCAAGUACUUAUUUUUAAUAAAGUAAUCAUGCAUUUCUUUUGUUUAUAAUAGAGUUUAAUAAUGUAACUCGUCUUACAUUGCUAAUUAUCGCACUGUUUUGCCCCACUGAAUACAGUUUUUGAAUCCAUAAAAUGCAAAUGACAGAGGCAUGUUUAAUUUUAAAUAUUUAUUUUUGUGACUCUCAUUUUAAUUUAACUCUGUAACCCCUUAAGAAUUCAUAUAGAAUACAGUGUGAUUGGGGAGUAAUUAUUUCAAGUCCAAGGCAUGCGAUAAGGAAGGGCAUAUGUCUCCGUCUUUUUUUUUUUUUUUGGAUUGUUGUUAUAUACUUUACUGUAUCAUAACUGUAAAGCUGAUCAAAAUAAGCAGCACAAAAGACACAAACA